AGGCCCAUACCUAGUGCAAAACAUAGCAAAAACAAUUGCGCGAUAGAAAUUAUUUGAGAAAUACAAUUAUUUAGCCAGUUUUAACAAUAGAACCAUUGUACUGUGUUAGUGCACACGCUGUCCAACUUUUUGCCCGUGCAUAUAAAGUGUUUUUGUCAAAAGCCAAAGAACACAGCGACAGACAACACAAUGAUGAGCCUGCUAGGGCGACCCGAUGUGGAUGCGGGCGAGGUGUUUGUCAACUUUAAUCAAAACAUAACUUCACUGGCAGUGGCCACCAGCGGCAGCUACAGCCUGUAUAGCCUGGGCUCUGUGGACUCCACGCUGGAUAAAAUCUACAACACAAAAUGCGAUGAUCUAUUCUUGAUCGAGCGUCUGUUUGAGAGCUCUCUCGUUGCCAUCGUGUCGCAGCGUGCGCCGCGCAAGCUGAAGGUGUGUCAUUUCAAGAAGCAGAGCGAAAUCUGCAAUUACUCGUACUCGAACACAAUUUUGGCCGUGAAGCUGAAUCGCGAACGCUUGAUUGUCUGCCUGGAGGAAUCGCUCUACAUACACAAUAUCCAGGACAUGAAGGUGGUGCACACCAUACGCGACACGCCCUGCAAUCAGUUGGGCUUGUGUGCGCUCUCAUCCUCGUCGGAGCACUGCUAUUUGGCCUAUCCGGGCAGCGUUACGGCUGGCGAGGUGCAAAUAUUCGAUGCCAUCAAUUUGCAUGCCAAGACAAUGAUACCCGCACAUGAUACACCGCUGGCGGCGAUUGCGUUCAGUCCGUCGGGCACGGAGAUUGCCACGGCCAGCGAGCGUGGCACCGUCAUACGUGUGUUCAGCUCCCAGGACGGCAGUCGACUGUUCGAGCUGCGUCGCGGCCUCAAGCGUUGCGUCUCGAUUGUCUCGCUCUCGUUUAGCACUUGCGCCGAGUAUUUGGUCUCCAGCUCGAACACGGAGACGGUGCACAUAUUCCGCUUGGAUCGCAGCGCUGCCGAGAACAAUGACCAUGGGAAACAGUCGAGCGACGAUUGGAUGGGUUACUCGUUUUUUAGAUUCUUGAGCAAAACGGUCACCAGCUACUUGCCCACGCAGGUGACCGAUGUGUUUAGCCAGGGGCGGGCCUUUGCAUCGGUCACCCUGCCGGAGGCGGGUGUGCGACGCAUGUGCGCCAUAACCACCAUACAGAAGCAGCUAAGACUAUUGAUUGCCUCGCAGGAUGGGUAUUUGUAUGUCUAUUCCAUACCCUCGAUUGAGGGCGCAGAGUGUCAGCUAAUAAAGCGGCAUGAUUUGCGUUUGGACGAUAGCUAUGCCAUGGAUGUUAAAGUUGAUUCAACUCAUCAUGCUCUAGGUCUGAACAGUAAUGUUUCCAUUGGCGGUGCGGCCGGGGUGCCAAGUGCUGCCGCCGCUGCCGCGGCUGCUUCUGGUGGUGCUGGUGGCGAUGGCAAAUCUACUGAAAAGCCGGGCAGCUCGACGGGCGGCGGCAACGCAGGCGCCAGCUAUGCCUCGGCUGUUAAGGGCGAUGAACCGGCUGGUGGCGCCUCAUCCUCCACUUAGGUGCAAUUCAAACAACAACAACAACAACCGCAACUGGUAGCAAAAAAUGAUAUAGGAAAAGAAGAAAAACUCACUCCUCAAAGUACUAAGGACGACGAUGAUAAAGUGAUUGGAUUUGGGUCAUGCAGCUGGCGACGACUUUGGAGGCGGUAGCUCUGUGGCGUCAAACAAAAAAUAAAGUAAAUAAAUGAAUAGGUCUUAGACUUAGCUUUUAACGUAAUCAAUGAUGAUUCUUCCUCGGUUUAUAAGUAAAAAAGUUAAAAUGCAAAAAAAAAAAAACCCCUUAACGCAUAAAUGAGUGAACACGCCCUCUUCCCCCCCUGCCGCAAAACAAUUUUUGUUAGUUAUAAGUUCUGUUCGUGGCGCUGCCAUUAAUAGGAGAAAUGCUUUUGUCAUACAAUCUUAAGUUAGCUGUUAUAUUUUUUAAUAAUUUGAACAUUCAAAUUUCUUAUUAAUAAAAUUGCCUUUGUAAAUUUACAUGCAUAUAUUUUUCAUUUGAGCCCUUGACAAUCCACCGAAAGUUAAUAAUUUGCUGUAAUUUUUGCGUUAAUUAAAACAAUACUCAACAUUAGCACACUUAUUGUUAUAUUGCCAAUUUAACUAAUAUUAUAAUUAUAUCAAAAUAAUCAAAGUAACAAGAGAUUGAGUGAAAACAUUAAAAUUGAAGAGUGUGUAUUGGAGGAACAAUUUUCGGCAUAUAUAGUAAAUAUAUAUACAUAUAUUUUGU